AUGUCCCGUCAACCUUGGCACCCUCCACGAGGCUUGCAGCCGAACAUGCCAAUGAAGCCAGAAUAUUAUCUUGUCGACACACAAUGUAUCCUAUGUGGGGACCCUUUAUACGACGCCAAGGGCGUGUGGCGUGCCCAAUAUCGAGCCCUCUAUCGAGAUGCUGGAUCCAUCAAACUGAGUGGAAUCGGCUACAGAAAGAAUUCCAACCCUCUCAAGGUUCCCAUAAACCCCGAUAGGCGCUGGGACACCAUGGGAGACGAUUUCUGCACGGUGUCUGAACUGCCGUGUUGGCCACGAAAUCUAUUCUUCUUCCAUGAAAUAUGCUGGCAGAGGUUGGGAGAGCAUAUCGCAGAGGACAAUGUUGAUUACAAUGACCUUUACGAUGUACUUAAAAGACUUCCAUUUCCGGCCGAAGAUGGUGCUUCGUCGUAUUUCAACUACGCGGACGGUAUCGAGCCGUAUCAGGCACCUCUCCUGAUACACCUUCUACAAUCCAAGCGAGAACAGCCUAGAUGCGCAGCUGAAUUACAGAACAAGCUCGACAGAAGCUACAAUGCAACUGACUACUUUAGACAGCUCCCUGUCGAGCUGAUCGAGCUACUCGGAGGCUAUCUUUCAACGCGGGAUUACCUUAACAGCCGUUUUGCAUCACGAUCCAUGGGCAUCCUCUUUCAUAAACAGGGAUUCUGGAAAACGCGAUUCGAUGUCAAUGGGGAACGUGGAUUUUUGAACUAUCUCGUCAAGAAUCAUCAGAAUCUGGAUUUCGAUUGGCGACUGCUAUAUCACAGCACAUGUAGACUGCGAUGCAGUCGGUUUUUCGACAUAACGAUCCGACUUUGGGAGAUCAACCGAUGGAUAAGAGAGGCAUUAAUCUGCAAGUCCAGAGGCACAUUCGCAUCAUUUAUGGACUUUGGCGGACGUGCCUUACAGUACUAUCAUAAUACCAUGUGGCCGGAGACCAAGUAUCGACAAACCAUCAGGAUCCCACCAGAUCUUAUUAAAAUCGGGGUUUCGGCAUUUAUGGAGCUCGGCGAGUCGGCGGUCACCAUCCGAGGCCUUGAGCUGAUUCGAGCCAGUGGGCCGAACAUACUUCUGGGGGAAAGAAUUCCCGGAUCGUUGAUGAUUGUAGAAGAAGUAGACGACCACGGUGGUGGCCGACCCGAUUGGGCUGAUGACCAUCACACUAGCUACCGCUUCCCGGGAGUUGAGGUGAUAUUAGACGCGCAAGAGCUACGGGGUUUCAUGAUCACGAACACCGUGACUGGGCGACUUAACCAUUUGCAAUUGAUCCGACAAAAUGGUUUCUCGGAGCCUAUUGGUCUCUGUUAUCUCAAUGGCGCUAGGUAUGUAUUCCAAAUGGAUAAUAUUGUCAACUUAAUCGUGGAGUUUGACGUCAAUAUGAAUCUCAGACAAUUGGGCAUUCAGGGUUUUAAUAGUAAUCCAAAGGCAAAAGAAUGGGAGAGGGAUGGCUAUUACAAGCCCAUGUAUGAUGAUGACGACGAUGAUGAUGUUGUUGUUGAUGAUGAUGAUGAUGAUGAUGAAGAUGAUGAUGAUGAUGAUGAUGGAUGA